UAGAUGACUCACGCGCACGUUAGCAGCUAGAUGAAUCACGCGCACGUUAGCAGCUAGAUGAAUCACGCGCACGUUAGCAGCUAGAUGAAUCACGCGCACGUUAGCAGCUAGAUGAAUCACGCGCACGUUAGCAGCUAGAUGAAUCACGCGCACGUUAGCAGCUAGAUGAAUCACGCGCACGUUAGCAGCUAGAUGAAUCACGCGCACGUUAGCAGCUAGAUGAAUCACGCGCACGUUAGCAGCUAGAUGAAUCACGCGCACGUUAGCAGCUAGAUGAAUCACGCGCACGUUAGCAGCUAGAUGAAUCACGCGCACGUUAGCAGCUAGAUGAAUCACGCGCACGUUAGCAGCUAGAUGAAUCACGCGCACGUUAGCAGCUAAGAAACUUCGGAUGUUGAAGAAACUAGCUAAGCUAAGGUUUUACCAGGACGACGACGGGUCUGGGCAGAUUCCAAUUGGGAGAUGCUGAAACAAGGCUUUUUUAGGUUAUCGUUUGGCAUUCAACAUCGCGUCUUCUCUAUUCCAUGGGUGAAGAAGAGUCACUCUGUGCCGAGAAUCUUGUGUUCUGGAGAGCAGCGGGAAUGCUAUUCUUCGGGACUGUUUAAGUAUGUUCCAAAGAAAUCUCGCAAGAAGCCUGUUGUUGAUUGUUCUGAUAAUAAAGGUAGAUUGGAUCAUAGUGUUUUGGGAUCUCAACUGAGUGGUAACAACAGUGAAGAGGCUAUAGAUGGUACCUUUUUGGAUCUCAAGGAUAUAAACGUUGCUGGAAGUUACAUGAAUGUUGUGUCUAGUGAUGACUCUGAUGAAGAGUUGGAAGAAAGGAGCUACCAAGUUGGCUCUAGUUGGAAUAAAGGAUCAACGACCAGACAACACAAACAAGCUUAUGAUAAAGUCAAAGUAGAUAUGGAGGAAGCUGAGCAGGCUAUGAGUAGCAAAGAAGCCUGCAAAACCACGCAAGAGGCAGAGAACAGCGCCAUUCGCUAUCUCGGUUUAAGAGCAUAUUCAGCAGCUGAGCUGAAGAAGAAGCUUAUUGGAAAGAAAUAUCCUCUUGAAAUUGUUGACAGAGUGAUCAAUGAUUUUCAGAUUCGAGGUUUUAUCAAUGAUAGCUUGUACGCUGAGUCAUUUGCUCGAUCUAGAUGGUCUUCUUUAAGUUGGGGACCAAGGCGGAUCAAGCAAGCAUUGUUUAAGAAAGGCAUAAGCAAUGAAGACUCGGAAACGGCCAUAAAGAUGGUUUUUGAGAAAGGCCAAUGCAAGGAAGGAGAUGAAGAAGAAGAAGCAGAACCAAAGCAUGGGCUGUCCAAGCAAGCAGUGGAUCAGCUUUAUGUUCAGGCAUCGAAGCGGUGGCUCCAAGGCCGAGACUUGCCUAUAGAAACUCGUAAAGCUAGAGUCAUCCGGUGGCUUCAAUACCGGGGAUUUAACUGGGGUGUCGUUGCCCAGCUUCUGCAGCGGUUAGAGUCUACUCGUGAGUCGUGAUUCAUAUUGUUACACAUGUAUCGUUUUGGCCCCUAUGUUUUCUAUUUGUAAUAUUGCCAACAAACUCACUCACUUGUUAAGUUCCACUCGAUUAGUCUACCAUGCAAAGAGUAAGUUUUAUUUGAAUUGGUAAA